AUGUGGGAGCCAUUGCAGCAGCUGCUUCCGGGAAAGCCACGUGUGGGGAGCCGGCUCGCUGGGAUGCCUUCUGGCCAGGGUCUAACGCCAGGUGUUGUGAGCACAGUGAAGGCCUGUGAGGUGAGGCAGAAGGGGGCCGAUGGCCGGUUUCUCGGGUACUCCAACACCAGAUGGGAUCUGUGCUGUCCUCGCCCCAAAGCCCACCUGGCUCGCAGAGCAGAUGUGGAAGAUCGUGGCUUUCUGCAGAGCCAGAAUAAAAAGAAAAGCCGGAAGCACCAGCGGUUUAUGGAGCGCAGGGCUCUGCUGGAGCAAAGGGGGCUGUUGAGACCCAAAUUGGGACACAGGACUGAGCCAAUGGCAUUCACGCCAUCCAAAGAGGGCCUGUUAAGCAGGGAAGCCAGCAGAUGUGGCCAGCCAGCCAGUGAGGAUGUAUCUCUCAUGAAUAAUCAGUCUGUGGGGAAAGUCCAUGUAAAGCUCAAGCGGGCUCUGUUGCAGGCUCUGCCAGUCUCUCCGGAGGACACAGCUGGGCAAUGCUCUUUUUCACUUUCCCAAGACUCAGAGAGCAGGUUACCUUUGCCUGGCAGUUCCAACUCAGGCAGACCCUCCUUGUCCCGCUCACUGCAGAGACCUGGGAAAUGCGUGGCCAUUGACUGUGAGAUGGUGGGCACAGGCCCUGGCGGGAAGCUGAGUGAGCUGGCGCGAUGCACGGUGGUGAACUACAAUGGAGAUGUAAUCUAUGACAAAUAUAUCCGGCCAGAGCUUCCCAUCGUGGACUACAGGACUCGCUGGAGUGGGAUCACCAGGCAACACAUGCAGAACGCUACCCCGUUCAGUGCUGCACAGAGAGAGAUCCUGAAGAUCUUGAAAGACAAGAUUGUGGUGGGACAUGCCAUCCACAAUGACUUCCGAGCCCUGAAAUAUUUUCACCCCAGAAGCCGGACUCGAGACACCAGUCGAAUCCCUUUGCUGAACCGGAAGGCAGGACUCCCUGUGAAAGUCAGUGCCUCUCUCAAGAGCCUGGCAAGGCAGCUGCUCCACAAAAGGAUUCAGGUUGGCCAGAAGGGACACUCGUCGGUGGAGGAUGCUCGGACUUCCAUGGAGCUUUACAGACUGGUGGAGGUCCAGUGGGAGCAGGAGCUUGCCAGCAGCCACCCCUCCAGUCCCCCUCGCACUCCUACGGACAGCUGCACAGACAGUGACCACUACAUGGAGGACCAGUACUGGCCUAAGGACCUGAAUAUAGACUGCAAAUGAAAUGCUCAGUCUCCAUCUUCUCUUUGAGGGUUUCCCCUCCCAAUACAGACAUUUUCACGCCUUCAGCUUUUAAACUGAGAUCAGCUGUUCGUUCCUAUUUAAUCUUUUUCCCCCUCAGGGUUUGCUCCCCCAACAUUGCAGCUUGGUGGUGGUGCAUGAGAGCCUGAAAACGACACUGGUCAAUCCAACUGCGUGGCCCAAGCUGCACAAAAAGCAAAUGUAGGAUGAGAAAAUAAGACUUUCAGCUUCGUUAACUUGAGUGUUCGUAAGAGAGGGAAAUUAACCUCCCUUCCCCCCACCACCCCCACAUUCUCACUUGCCAGUGCCCUAUGAUACCCUUCCCUUGUUUGAACACUAGAGAGAACUAAGAUGAAAUGUGCCUUUCUUUGGCUGCUAUGGAGCCUGCAUUGGUGCCCUGGUGGCCAUCAAUUACACUGCAGAGCAUGACCUGGGGAGUCUUGGUUGUGUAGUAGAUACAGAAAGAGGGAGGGGUAGGAGAGCAGCAGGUGCAGACCCUCCAAUGGCAUGGAGUGCUGUUAACUAAAGAGAAGUUGUGGGACUUUGCUCCCUACUUCCCACCACAGAUUAAUUUGCCUGGAAGGUUGCAGGCAGCUGUUUAUCUCUUUAGAGCCCUGCCAAAAGGCCCUUACACCUAAGGCAAAGGAAAUGUGAUUACACUUGUUUCUCAACGUCCGGGUCAAAAUGUGGCUGACGUUGCUGGGCUGUGGGAGCUCCUAGUUCUGCAACAGAGAUGACACGAGGUGUUUCUACACUGCAAUAAAACCCAUGUGGCUGGCCUGUGUUAAGUCUACUCAAGCCCAGGGGACUAGAAAAUGUCAGUGCAGCUAUUUGGGUUUGGGCCCAUGACCUUUAGGCCCUAAUUCCCAGUUGUUCCAUUUCAGUCCCGAGUGCAAGACUGGAAGGAGACGAAGGUGGCACUAAACCAUUUUUAUGCUCCCCAGACUCCUGGGACGGCAUGGGCUGCCUGACUCUCGAUUAGCGCACAGGGCUGCUGUCACUUACAUGGGCUACCCAGGGCUAUAAAGCAACAAAUAAUGGGGCCCGGAGAUCCAAGUUGGGAUGAAAUGCAAUGUCCUGCUUUUUAGGCAACUUUGCAGUGGGUUUGACUUGACAGAAAGCAAGACUUGGCCCCUCUUUGCACAGCUUGGGGCUCCUGGAUUAAAAUCGGUGACAUGCCUGGCUCCUUUCAGUACUUGCCACCCAUGCUCCUGUGCUGGUUAUAUCCGAUGUAAAUCACCUGGACAGAUAUAAGGAUAAUUUCUCUAGGCUGCCCCUUAUGUCCCACUGCACUUUAACAGGAUGGAUGUGUGAUUGCAAUGUUGUCUUGUCCCAUCCUUCUGCUCUGUUUGAAACUCUGGGACUUUAAAUUCAAAGCAAUUAUGGGGCUCCACCACAGUCUGUGUGUGUUGCCUUUGGGAUCUUCCUUGGCUAGGGGGCAUCUAAUAGAUUUGGAGCUGGGAGAGGGGAAGCUCUCCUUAUGUCCUCCCACAGAGGGGGAAAGCUGCAAACUCCACUUUCCAGGGGGAAAUGUUCCACUCCUUGCAGAAUAUGUACAUCAUGCAGAGUUGGGACCAUGCAGGGCAGGGCUGACCCUGCCUAUCAAUUUUGGUUCUGAGUUAAUGGACAACUGCACUUUGAAAUGAUGCAGUGGGAUAUCCACCCAGUAGGUUCUAACAAAGGUUAAUGCCAUGCUGCUGUAUAGAAUUGUGACAUGCACUCCCCUCUGCCCCAACCUUCCUUCAUGUGCCUAUGUUUUUAAGUUUUAUAUGACCUUUGUAUGCAUACCACUGAGCUUUGAGCCUGCAUCACUGCCUCUUCAUGGGUUGAGUGAAAGGAUCAAAGGAGUGGGAAAUGCUUCAAAUCUGAUUUCUGUGAUCGCAAUCAGCUGUACGGUUUAAAAGGCUAAAUGUUUUUCUGGCUGAACUAGAGUCUCCCUGGUGAGGACUCUGAAUUAACCACCAGGAAAUCCCAGGCAAUGCAUUUACCUCCAUUCUAACCUGCCUCAGGUGGUUGUGUUAUGCACAAGGCUGAGUAACUUUAACUAUCUCCAAGUGCAAUGAUUGUGGAACUGCUUUGCCUGGUGCUCUAUGACUGUUACAGAUGAAACUCGCGCAUAGAAAUAAGCCAGCGUUGUGUAGUUAACUGGCUUUUAGUGAGCCAUUGCUAGUCAGAAAGCUCUGUCUAUAUGCAAUAGCCUAAGGCCAGUUCAUACCAUAACCUGUGGGGGCCAGUGACAGCCAUGGUGUUGAGACUGCGCUAUGCUAAGAGAACUUGACUUUUGUUCUCCUCCCCCUAAAUGUUUAAUUGUUUCGGGGGAGAUAGAAUUUGUGGGAAGAGGAAGGGGUACCAGGAUGACCAUAGGUCUUACAUACUUUUAACCAUUCAGCUGUGGUAGAUUGCUCUGUGGCUGAUGGCUUCCUUUGUUCUUCUGUCACUGGUUUUGUCUCCUUCUGGGGCAGUGUGAAUAUAUAGGGUGGGAACCAGCCACCUUGCCUCGGCUCACUCUCCUUUCUGCUCAGCGAUGCUGUGUUUGAAGAGAAGCGUGCCUGUAUAUACUUUCUGUAGUAACAGGCCAAGGAGAAAGCAGAUGGUCCAGCUGUGGGGGUCUUCCUGCCAGUUUCAUGCUUGUCCCCACAGUCUACGCUGACCAGUAGGAAAAAAGAUGCUAGCCUUGGCUUUGAGGCUGCUCCUAAUGAAAGUGCGGCACUAUGGUCUUCCUGAUGUGCAGUCUCACAGGCUGAGACAGUGUGAGGUUUCCUUCAUUCACUUCACACCAUGGUGGUUUAAAGUGGUCCCACUGCAACAAUAAAACUGGGAGAAAUUCAGAACCCAACUUCAUAGCCUCUUGAGUGAGGAGCUCCCGGCACCAGGGUUGUGGUGAACAAACAAAACCCAGAGUCUCAACUCUGUAUCUCUCUCUAGAAAGAGCGUAAAGUGUGUAGUUUAAUGCUAGAGGUUUAAAAUGAAAUAUUUAUAUAAUAUAUUUGUCAAACUGAAAUUACUGGUGAAAACCUGUGUUUUGUCUUGAUUGGGCCAGGCUGGGGUGAGGAGUGAGAUUUCAGAGCAUUUGACAGUCACCAAUCCAGGCACUGCCUGAUGUGCAUAGAAUGUAAAAACUGACUGCAAACAGUUCUCUUAAAACACAUCACUUUCUAUGUAGGGACCAAAUCAAUAGAAACCUUAAUUUAAAAUGCUAUUCAAAGGGGGGCCUCUGGGGAGGGAAUUCCCUGCCUCUGAGCUCAUCUGCUCUGCGUGCUGCUUGGUAUAUGCCCCAUCCCAAACACCUAGGACCUGACUAUCCUCAAGACAACU